CUUAAAGACUUUAUGGAGGAACUUGGGAAAAAGGAGCGGGCUAAGGCUUUGGAGGAGCACAAACACCAUAGAGUUGAAUAUAUAGAAUUUUUGAAAUCGUGCGACUUUAUCAAGGCAAGCAGCCAGUGGCGAAAAGUUCAAGAUCGCUUAGAAGCUGAUGAAAGAUGCUCUCGCCUUGAAAAAAUUGAACGCUUGGAAAUUUUUCAAGAAUACAUACGUGAUUUAGAGAAAGAAGAGGAGGAACAAAGAAAAUUACGAAUGGAGGAAAUGAGGAAGGCAGAGCGAAAAAAUCGUGAUGAAUUCCGGAAGCUGAUGCAUGAGCAUGUUGCUAAUGGCAUACUCUCCGCCAAAACUCAUUGGCGUGACUAUUGCAUAAAGGUUAAAGAUUCACCUGCAUAUCUGGAGGUCUCUUCAAAUACCUCUGGCUCUACAGCUAAAGAUCUAUUCGAAGAUGUCAUAGAGGACCUUGGAAAGCAGUACGAUGAUGAUAAGUUGCAGAUAAAAGAUGAAAUAAAGAUGAAAAAGAUUUCCUUGUCAUCCACCUCGACUCUUGAAGACUUCAAGGCUGCAAUUCUUGAGGACAUUAGCUCGCCAGGAAUAUCAGAUAUUAACUUACGGCUUAUAUUUGAUGAAUUACUAGAAAGAGCCAAGGAGAAAGAGGAAAAAGAAGCUAAAAAGCGUAAACGUCUAGCAGACGAUUUAUAUGAUUUUUUAUAUUCUUCAAAGGAAAUUACUGCAUCUUCAAGAUGGGAGGAUUGCAAAUCACUCGUUGAAGAUAGGUUCACAGGUGAUGAAGGCUUUUUCCAGGAAAUCUUUGAUGAAGUGAUAGCAGAACUGAAAGAGAAGUCAAAAGAGAAGGAGCGGAAGCGGAAGGAGGAAAAGGCCAAAAAGGAAAAAGAGAGAAAGGACAAGGAGAAGCGGAAGGAAAGGGAGAAGAAAAGUAGAGAGAAAGGAGUUGAUAACAGAAAGGUGAGAGAUAGAGUUAAGAAAGAUGGAACAGAAAGUGAUGAAAGUGAGUCUUACAGUUUGGAAGAGCGUAGAAGGUCAGGAAGAGACAAAGAUAAGAAACAUGGGAAGCGGCAUAGGGAUUCUUUUGAUGACAAUGAGAAAGACUGGUUUAAUCCCCACAGACGUAGUGUCGAGCACAAAAAAUCAAAGCAGACUUCAGACACAGAUUCCGAGAGCCAACACAAAAGACACAGGAGGGAUCGGAAACAUUCUUAUAGGAGUAGUGAUGCCGAGGAGCACAAGGAGAUGGAGCUUGGUGAGGAUGGAGAAGUUCGGUAAAUGUUUUUGUGCUAGUACCUCCAUAUGCUUCCUUGCACCAUGUGAGUCUCUUCGCCUGUUGAUAUACUUGGAUUAUGGUGGCAACAAAUUUUGCUUUGUUCCAAAUUCUGUCUUGUAACUGGUAGAGCACAAAUUUAAUUAUCUGGAUAAUGGUAAUAACUUGUUAAUUAAACCUGUUUAGUCAUGUUUGGUAUCUGAGGUUUUGUAACAUUAAACUCAUUUAACGUUUUAUAUUCGAUAACUGUAUCAAUUUUAUGAAAGUUUACAUUACAUAGUUCA